GGGUGGGAAGGAGAGAAAGAAGGGACCCAACUACUUGUGGGAGGUUACCAGGCACAGUCGCUGGGGGGUUAUUUUGUCAUCCCAAGGAAACCCCGGAGGAAGCCAAGAUGUUUUUCCGAAUCCCACGACUGACCCCAGGGUACAUCAGGUAUCUGCAGACUCAGGCCGCCCAGAACCUGCUGCAGCAGGGGGAGGGCCCCCUCAUGCCGCGCAUGGCCAUGCUGCUGGGGGUGAUGGGAAUUGGAAUGUCGGGGUACAGCUCCCGGCAGCUGACCCUGCACAGCAAGCCCUCCUCUCGCGUCUUAGGGUGACCGGCCCCGGGACGCGCCGCCGCUGGACACAGACCAUCAGACCACACCGAUCAAAAUCAGUCCAGACUAAGGUUUUACUGGCAGAGUGUUUACUAUCAAGGCAACACCCCCAUUCCAAGAUAACACAGGUUUCACAUUUAGAGAUGAUGGAUGCCUUAAGGUACAGGCACCCUAGGCACUUCCUUUCCUCCAAAGAGCUGAUUCGGGAUCAGUUUACCCAGCACUAAUCCGAA